CAACACUGACACGUUCAUCUGGAAAAUGUUUCUUUCAUUGUAGGUCAAAUUAAUGAGGGAAAGGAGUGGCGCGCGUUCACCGGUAUGAUAAUCGAAAUGACAGAACACGCUUUGUGACGCGAUGAAUGUAAAGAACGUUGUUGACGUUCCUUCCAAAUUGCUAACAGAUGACUAUCAACACGCUUGCCAAACGCCUCCUGUCCCCCUCCGUCCUCAUGGCUGAAGAAAUCAGGAGAAUAGCUGCUCUUAUUGAGAGAGACCAAGAGCUCAUCACUUACAUCAAGCACAAGUUUACCACCGACUUCAAAAAAGCGCACAGCUACUUACCUGAGAAGGUUGUCACCCGCAGUGACACAAAGUAUGUCCUCAUACAAAAUGGCCAGGCCAAGAAGAACUAUGACAGGAGACAGGAGAUGCUCAGAAGAGGCCUUUUCUCCCCUGUUAACAAACCAUACAAAACAGUGGGAAUGCUUUCCUCUGACAACGUUGAUCUCUUCUCAACCUGGUUAACGUCAGAGGAUCAGGAGUCACUGAAGACACACUGGGACAAGAAGUUUGGCAAAAAGUCAGGAGGUGGAGUGAUCUCCAGCAAAUUCACUCAGGAGAAGGCUAAAAAGGAGAACGUCACAGCCCCUCCAAUGGAGAGCCAGACCCUGGAUGGCUUCCUCCAGCUGAAGCACUACCUGAGGGAGAUGGCCUCCAUUAGACGUGCUCUCCACGCUGGACGCCCCCUCAUAUGUUGCCUCAGGGACCAGAAUUUUAGGACCACUUGCUGUAACACGAAGAAUACAUGUCUCUACUAUGUUCUCAUUGUAAAGGAUAAACAGUCAUCGCUAAUGACAUCAUGUGACCGAGCCAUGUCAGCUGAUAAAGAGACUGUGCCACCAACCCCCAUGACCAUGAACCAACAGGCACUGGACCCAGAGGAAGAGGAGAACCUACAGAGGAUACAGUACAGGAAGCAGAAGCUGUUCUCAGAGAAACUGCAGUGGAUCUACAUGGUCCUGUGUGGCAUCUCUCACAUGAGAAACAAAGACCUAAAGACACUGGUUCCUCUCAACAGCAACUAUGUGAAUGUCAUCAUGAAGGACACAGAGAAGACCAAAAUCAUCCUGAAGCAGUCACACAGCUACUACAACCCUCCAGUGAAUGCCAUCGGACGCCUGGUGUCUCUGGCCCCCGAUGACCGUCACAACGGCACCCCUGACGUGUGGGACACCUUCAUCGGUCACCAGGAUGCCGCAGAGACCUCAAAGAUGACAACCAUCCGAACCACAGGAUAUAAAGCUCUGCAGUCUGGGCCCAGGCGUAAGGUUGGCCAGCGAGAUCCAGACGGAGAUGGAGACAUACCCCCAUGGCUACUACUGCUGCUGGAUGAGAACACAUCCCUAGAGAAGAAAACAGUCAAGCCUAGAGUAGACCAGUCAGCCAUGCUGGAGAGAGCCAAGGUCCAAUACCUGAAUGUGAAGAAGGUUCUUAACAUCCAGGUCAAGUCAGGAGUGUUUGAAAAGAAAAAGUACCGUGAGGAAAGGAUGAGAACUCUUUUCGAUGCUCUAAUGGCUUCCAAGACCGAUGCUGGUCUGUCUUCGCUCCUUGCCUCUCUGAAGAGUGAGCUGAAGGAGCCCAAAUCCACCACUGGUCUCUGGUUUGCAACACUGCAGAGUGAGGCCACAGAACUGUCCGGAGACAGAGACCCCAAAUAUAACAGCAUACUGCAGAAGAUCUCAGCAUUUCAAAGCUUCUCCAACAAAAGGGUCCCCUACUCCCAGCCUAAUGAACAUGACCCGGUCUCUCAUCUACCUCUGAAGGAGAAAUUAUGUCUCCUGGUCCUCUCCAUGCCAGCCAAUCAGCUGCUUCGACCAGCCAUACAGGAAGCACUGCUCUUCCUCACCGAGAAAGUCCUGCUGCUGUUGCCGCGGCAACUCAAACAGUGGUACCAGUACCUGAAGCUGCCCUUCCCCACCAAGGAAUCCUCCUCCUAAAAACAAAUAAUAUCCUGAUAUCUUUACUUCACUGCCUGUCUACAAUGUGGGCCUUGGACUGAGAAGCCUGGGCUCUUGGUGGUAUAGCUGAUGUUGAGGGCUCAGGAAAAGGCUUCAUGAAAUAUGUUUGCUGGUUCUGUCAAUAAAACACCUUAACAUUUA